CGGCCCAGUCCAAAACCCAAAAUAAAUCUCUCUUCUUCCAACAUUUUUCUUCAACACCAAACAAGCCCUGCUGAUUCCUCCAUUUUCUUCAGCAAAAUCGAAGUUUGCCCUAUUAUUUUUCUUCUUUUUCCCACUGUUCGCAGUUUGCUAGGUCACAGAAUUAUUCGGCGCUAUGGCUGCUAGAGCUGAAGAACCAAUCAAUGAGCAAGCAGUUGCCAACGUCUACAGUUCCAUGAGGUCUGAGAUCACCCAGAUUUACUCUAAAAUUACGGAACUAGAAAUGGAAGUUAGUGAGCACUCACUCGUGAUCAAUGCUAUACAACCACUUGAUCCUGCAAGGCGGUGUUAUAGGAUGAUUGGAGGUGUUCUUGUAGAGAGAACCAUCAAGGAGGUCCUUCCUGCUGUUCAACGCAAUAAGGAAGGAAUUGAGGAAGUGAUAGCUCGACUGAAUGAAGCCUUGGAGAAAAAGAAAAAGGAGAUUUCAGACUUUGAGGCCAAGUAUAAAAUUAGAAUCAGAAAACCUGAUGCUGAAGUAAAGGAGGAAGGUGGUCGAAAGGAAGGCUCUGCACAAGGAGUCCUUGUUGGUCCUGCUGGUUCAAAUGAAUAGACCUAUCUAGUUUUCAAAUUCCAUUUUGAGGUACUUUGUUGAAUAUGAUCAAGGAACUAAAGUACUUUAGCAUCAUCUUUAGUGUGUGAUCUAUCAUGUUCAUUUAUUUUUC